AUGUACAUCUGCACGUGCGCGAUUGCUAAAUUUAUUUUCUUAAAUACAAGCUCAGCUAUCAAUAAUGCUCCUUUUAGAAGUGCGUCUGCAAGUGAUCCUGCGCUAUAG